AUGAUUGUUGUUUUCGUAUUUGUUGCAAUUGUAUGCAUUCUUGGCUUCCUUAUUAUUUGCUUUGGUAACAUUAAAUGCUACAGAGUCACAUACGCAAUCCUGUUCAUUGUAGUUGUUGUUAUUGAAAUUGUUAUCAUUGCCGUAGCAAUUGGUAUUGUAAAGAAGAUUAACACUACUGUUCAAGCUUGGUGGGAUGAAAACAAAGGCAAAGAUACAAUCAAAAGUAUCAAAGAAGGCUUAGAAUGCUGUGGUUACAAGACACCAUAUAGCGAAGAAGAUAUGAAGAACUGUGGUUAUCACAACACAACUGCAACAACAAUUGAAACUUGCACCCAACAAGUAGAUGAUCUUAUCAAAGCAUGGAAGAAGAUUCUUCUAGGUGUUGGUAUCUUUGUUAUUGUAAUUCAAGUAAUUGUACUUGCUUUCGCUCUUUAUCUUGCUUUCUGGUAUGAAAAAGAAUAA